AGGACCUGGGCCCCUUUCGAUCUGUUGAAAUAGGGGCGGCAUUUCCUCACUUUCCCAAAAAAGAAAUGACGAGGGAAUCGCCGAUCGAAAGUCCCGGCCUCCGCAGAAGAAACGACCUCAUCCACAUGAACAAUGGCCACGAACAGGCCAUCCCAAGCCAAAUCCUCAAGCUGAAGGAGCAUCAUCAAAUGCAACAGCAGAUUUUGUUGCAGCACUUUCAGGAGGAGCAACAAAGACUUGCCGCGCGGCAUGAUCUCCAACUUAGACAGCGGCUUGAGGAGUGGUAUGCAGAACAACAGCAGAGGCAGCGUGAGGAAGAGGAUAGGCAAAGACUGGAGUGCCUGAAGAAAAAAGAUAAGCACGAGCAGAGUGCUGUCCCAUCAGAAGAAGUCAAGCGGAAGUUACAGGGGUUUUUAUUGAAUCGACUGAAAUCAUCAACUGGAGGUAGCAAUGGAAUUUCUGGUCCUAGUCCUCAAGGAUAUCAUAGCUGCUCUGUUCUACCUUCCGCAUCACCUGAUUCAAGUUCAACAGCAAAUGUGGCUGGCACAAAUCCAUUGCAGCAUCCGCUUCCUGGGAAGAGUGAAAAAACUUUUCCCCUCCGCAAAACAGCAUCUGAACCAAAUAUUCCUAAAAAUAAAAUAAUGAAUAAGCAGCAUGUUCGAUUCAGUCCAUUAGCUCAAACUGGACAUUUGCGGGACUUACAUCAUCGGAAGAAGUUACUCGCAAUGAGCAAUAACUGUGAAUCUGGGCCGAAUUCCCCUCCAAUUAUUUUAAGUAGCAGUCACGUUUCCCCAGCUGGACACAAUACUCCAAUUGCAGAGGAAAAUGAACCAACUUACGGAAAAUUGACUGCCAAUGAACAGAAUGGUAGUCUAAGUGAUCUUUCGUCUUUAUACAGUUCCCCAUCUAUGCCCAAUAUUUCCUUGGGGAGACCUCCUACCGCUAGUGAAGGCAGCAAACUGGCAACGGUGUCCGAAGCUGAAGUCAGGGCAGCGUGUGCUGCAAAACUUGGCGUUCCUCUUACUGGACACAUGCUGUCCGGCACUAUCCCAUUCUUUCCCACUCUAGCUGCUAUAGAUAGUGAUUAUCACAAUUCCUCAUCUAGUAAUAUCCAUAAGCCAACGCAGUCAUUAGAACAAUCAAGACCUAGUUAUCCUAUUUUAUAUCAUCCUUCAACGCAGCCAAUCACGGAUUCUCAGGUGGCUCUAGCUAGGUUAACGAAACAAGGGCACCGGCCUCUUGGCAGGACGCAAUCAGCUCCUCUGCCUCUUGGGCAUCCUCUCCUUGCAACGGGGCAUAAUUUAGGAGUCCACUAUGAGGACUGCCAGCAACCAUUAACAGCCCACAAUUUUCUCAAACAACAAAUCCGACAAACUAUCAUUACACGAGCGGGGAGUCGGGUCCAUUCAAGUAGUAAUUCCACAAUGAUCGAAUCAUUAGAAAAUGAUUCUGCUGAAGUCAUAGAUCUCACUGAUAAGAAAUGUGAUAGAGUUAGUAACGAUGAAACUGAAAUGACCCGGCAAAGGAGAGAGCGAGAAAACAUCCUACAUCAACAGCAACAGCGUGAUUUUAUGAUGCGACAUACUCUACAAAUUAGCGAAGGUUCAGCCUUUAGUCCUAGAUCUUCAAGACCUCUCUCGAGAACUUUGUCUAGUCCCCUAGUAGCUCUUGGAAAUGAAACAUCCUCCUCAUUUAUGUUUUCAUCUCCGAAGAUGCUGAGGAGUUCUCAAGGUCAGAGGACUGGACUCUGCUGGGACAGUCUUAUGCUAAAACAUGGUUGCACGUGCGGUAACAAUGCUGAGCAUGCGGAGCAUGGAGGAAGGUUGCAGAGUGUCUGGGCUCGUCUAGGGGAAAAAGGCCUCAUAGAAAGAUGUGAUAGGAUUAGGUCGCGUAAAGCCACCCUGGAAGAGCUUCAAGUCUGUCAUAGUGAACCCCAUGCUUUACUUCUUGGGACAAAUUCGUAUAGUCGACAGAAAUUGGAGCCAAGUAAACUAGCCCAGUUACCCACAAGAAGUUUUGUCCUAUUACCAUGUGGUGGUUUAGGUGUAGAUUCUGACACUACAUGGAAUGAUCUUCAUACUGCAUCUGCUGCGAGGAUGGCAGCAGGCUGUGUUAUUGAACUAGCUGCCAAAACUUGGUCUGGCGAUAUUAAGAAUGGAUUUGCAAUUGUUCGACCUCCUGGCCAUCAUGCGGAAGAAUCCAAAGCAAUGGGUUUUUGCUUCUUUAACUCAGUUGCUGUUGCUGCCAAACUUCUUCUUCAACAGAUCCCGGAGUCUCAUCGGAGGAUACUCAUUGUUGACUGGGAUGUUCAUCAUGGAAACGGUACUCAAAAAAUGUUCUACGAUGAUAAGAGAGUUUUAUACCUGUCCAUUCACAGACACGAUGGAGGAAACUUCUUUCCAGGCACUGGUGGUGCAACGGAAUGUGGAGCUGGAAAUGGACUUGGAUACACAGUCAAUGUUGCCUGGUCAGGUGGUUUAAACCCCCCAAUGGGAGAUGCAGAAUACCUAGCAGCAUUCAGAUCUAUUGUCAUGCCUAUUGCCAAGGCAUUCGCUCCAGACAUCGUCUUAGUUUCAGCAGGCUUUGACGCUGCCAUUGGUCACCCACCGAACCUAGGUGGCUACAAAGUAUCAGCAGCUUGUUUUGGUCACAUGACCCAGCAACUCAUGCAGUUGGCUGAUGGCAAGGUGGUGCUUGCUCUUGAAGGUGGCUAUGAUCUUGCUGCCAUUUGUGAUUCUGCUGAAGAGUGCGUCAGAGCCCUUCUAGGAGACAAGGUAACGCAGAUUAAAGAACAAGAGCUAACUCGACGCCCAUGCCAAAAUGCCAUCGACACUCUUCAGAAAACCAUCGCAAUCCAGCUACCUCAUUGGCCGCACCUCAGAGAUGGAGCUAAUACUGUUCUUUGUAGUGCUGCGGAGGCCACAAUGAGCGAGGAAAGUGAAACUGUCUCAGCACUAGCUUCUUUGUCAAUGAACAGACAGCACUCUAACCACAUUUUAAGCAGACAUGCAUCGCGAGAAACAUCAGUGGAACCAAUGGAGGAAGAUGAAGAGAUGAUCUUAACCAAAUCCUAGCUUGUUCAAUAAUUAAUUUGUCGAAAUGAUGAAAGAAAAAAAUGGGCGGUAGCCCAUUAACUGUCGGCAUUUUUCAUCGAAGUUCGUUGGCUCAAAGAUGCAAAGUGAGAGAAAGAACAGUGUAAGAUUUUCUAGAUAGUAUGAGGCGUGUGGUGAUGGCUAAAUCAGUCGAGGAUUCUGCGUUUGCCUAUACUUGAUAGUCAAUGUCAAAAUAAUGAAUAUGGUCUUGUUGAAAUCAGCUUCCUAUAUUGUUACUGAGGAGAUUGAUCAGUCGUCAUGAUUGAUAGUUAGCAAUUCACUGAGAUCCAUCAUUGGAUGCUUUGAUAACAUAUUUUAGUGGGCUCACAUGGUGAACCUGGUAAGUACAUAUUUCUCUGUACCUGCAACCAGUUAUUGCGCAGUCUAGUAUUUUCUCUAUGCUGAUUAUGUUUUAAAUUCUUAAUUUAUUGUUCCUCCCCCCUUUUUUCUAUUUCUUAAUUUCAAUUGUUAUUUGUACAGGAUACUUUCGUAAGUGACUACAUUGCAAAAAUUUACCAUAGGGAUUGUUUUUCAUUACCGAUUUUUAAGCACUCAUUGUGUGAAUGUUUAUCUUAAUUUGCUCUAUUGCUGUCCAACAGUUUUUGCCGUUAUACAACAGGGGUUACUGAGAAAUCACGAGUUUUCUUUUUCUGUUAGGAAAUAUUUCACUUAUUUUUAACUCAACUCAAUUUAAAAUUGAUAUUCCAUAAUUCAAUGUCGCACGCAAGCUAGUGGAGUGAAAUUUGUAGCUAUAAUAAAACUGCGAAAGGGAUUCUAUUCUGCAAAGAUUUUCAGAUAAGUUUAUCAUAGACACUAUGAAGAAUUUCCGAGCGUAAUGUAAGAGAUACACUUUAUUAAUAUUUGUAUGUUCUCACAUGAAAUUUCGAUGGUUUUAGUGGAUAGCAGAAAUAGGAAUAAUCCAGUUCCUCAAUAAUUUUGAUGGUCUUAAUAAAAUAUUUUGGAAGCCAA